AUUAGACUUGAAAGUUUAAGGAGAUUCACGGCUUUAUUUUGGCUUUUCUUUAAAGGAAACUAAUUGACUCUACGCAAACUUUGCCGAGCUCUUGGCCAAAGCGUUCGUGAGUGGGUGGGAUUGGCUGGAGAGUGGAUCAAUAACGGUCAUUAUGCAGUGCAAGUGCAAGUCAGCGAGCCCCUUUUUUUGUUUCCCCUCACGUCAUUCGUAUUGGAUUUUCUUUAAAUCAAUUGCAACGGAUGAGUGGCGCAUUUCUCAACCAUCGCAGUAAAGAAACAAAUGAGAUAAAAAGAUCGCCGCCAAUAUUUCAGUCACAGUGUUAUCGAUUAGAUUCUUUUAGACGCAUAUGGCUGAACAAUAUUAUCGUGUCUAGUGAAUAGAAAAUAGAGAGAGAAAGGGAGGUUGUUAAAAGAAUCAUUCGGGUGUUAAUGACAGGCAGCUGUUUUUAUUCCUCUAGGGGGGGUAUAGUAGUCGUCCCUUAGGAAGUGGGUAAAUGGCAGGGGGUCAUCUCGGUCGUCUAGUUUCCGCCCGUUUUCCCACGUCACGUCAGUCAACUGUGCGAGCAAUAGAUGGCGUUUAAAUGGCGAUUGCCCAUCGGGAUCCAUACCAUCGGUCCAUCCACUGUGUAGGAGAGGGGGGGCGGAGUCUCUUUUUGGGCAUGCGCUGUAAACAGGAAGAAAAAGCUGCUGCUUCCAACCCUUACCAGAGACUCUUUACUACACAAGAGUCGUAGUAGUCGGCUGGUUUUACACAGACAUGCUUCCAUGUCCCUUUUGAGUGGUGUGGUGUGUUGUUUUUGCCUUUUGCUCUAGAUUUUUUCCUGUCCGAACCCAGUAGAGAGUGGCCAACGCUGUUUGAUCGACAAUACAGUCGUCUUAAAGUGCUGUGAUUUUAUUUUGAAAAACUGAACGAAUUUGAUUUCGAAUUGAAAAAUUAAUUUUUUCAAUUCGCCAGUUUACCAGAAAACAAGAAACGAGAAAGUUUGACACUAGAUUUAUAUCAAGUGUGUGGGUCAGUUAGUUUUGAUUGAUUUGAUUUGGAUUCCGAAUCGAAACCCCCAACAGCCGCCAAACUGUGGAGCGCCGGAGCAUUCUUCCUUCCUCCGCAAGGAGUCUACUAUCCGCACAUGGUGCAGGCCGGAUUGGCUCCGCCCUAUGCCCAGUACGGACAGGGCGGAGGUGAUGCAGCAGCGCUGGCCCAGGCGGCUGCCCAGGCGGCUGCGGCUCAGGCAGCGGCGGCCCAAGCGGCCGGUGUCGCCGUUCCGACCAGCCAGGGCCCCAACAAUGUCGGCGGUGGCGUAGGUGGCGGCGGCGGUCCCAACUGCGGGGGCUUGAAAUUGGAGAAGGACGACGCCAACGGAUCCAUGGCCAUGACCAUGGCCUCGACCAGUUCGUGUAAUACUUCAACGUCCACGAGCUGCGUCCUAUCGGGGUCAGUGGGAGUGCCGUCACUCGGCUCCCAGGCCGCAGUGGCAGCCGCUUUGGACAGCCUUUCCGGCGGAGCAGCAGCAGCUGCUCUUAGUCUCGGAGGCAUCGAUCAAUCUUCACUAGCCGCGGAAUUGAAUGCGGCAUUCGGAUUGAACUUGUCGCAUCAGCUAGGAGCCGGACAGCAACAACAGCAGCAGCAACAACAACAGCAGCAGGACGUGAUGGCGGGCAACGGCGAUGUCAAUGGCGAUCCUAGCGGUUGCGUAGCGGCCGCAGCGGCUGCGGCUCAGGCCGUGGCGGCUGCCACCAACACAGGCUGUUCGGUUUCAUCCAGCAACACGACACCAACGUCCGGAAUGAUCACCACCAUUGACCUGUCGGGAUCGGGAUCUUCGUCAUCGGUCGGCGUCGGCUCUGGAGUAGUGGUGCAGACGAGCGGAGCCGGAAGCGUCGCCGGCGGCUCUUCCUCUCCCAAAGAGAUGCCCAAACGCCUCCACGUUUCCAACAUCCCCUUCCGCUUCAGGGAUCCCGAUCUGAGAGCCAUGUUCGGGCAAUUUGGACCCAUCCUCGACGUGGAGAUCAUCUUUAACGAGCGCGGAUCUAAGGGGUUCGGUUUUGUAACGUUCGCAAGUAGUGCUGAUGCGGACCGCGCACGAGAGAAGCUUCAUGGCACCGUGGUUGAGGGACGCAAAAUUGAGGUCAAUAACGCGACGGCCAGAGUACAAACCAAAAAACCCGCCACUCUUCCUAACGAAGAGCAAGAAUUCAAGUCAUCCCAAUUCCACUUGGGACUGGAAGCCGCUGCAGCUUUGCGAGGCGUUGCCCUUCAACGCGGACGGGUCCAGCGAGCCGCUGCGGCCGCUUCGGCCUACCCUGCAGCUGCUGCCGCCGCUGCUGCUGCCGCUAUGGCCCGACCUCAGCUCACUGCCGCUUCGCUACAGGGAGCGUACUACGAUAAUUUGAUGGCCCAGGUCCAAGCCCAAGCGCAAGCCCAGGCCAGCGACGCCUACAGACUGCAGGUAGGACAACAAUAUCAGCAACUGGCAGCAGCAGCCGCCGCGGCCGCCGCUACUCAGCGACCGCCCACUCUCUCGCCGUCGCUUGCAUCCGUACUGUCACGCAACUCCCAGUCCACAACGUCGCAACAAAUUCAGGCGGGCUAUCUGAGUCAGGCCGCCGCUGCUGCCAAUUACACCGCGGCGGCCAAUGCGGCAGCCCGGGCUUACGGAGCCGCUGCAGCUGCCCAACCUUCAACAAUGGCCGCCUACGCUGCCGUCCCCGCAAAUUACGGAGCCGAUCCGUAUUUGGGGCACAGCAUCGGACCGGUGCCCACGUACGGAAUUAGCAAUUCCGCCGAACUGCAAUCCGUCAACAAAUUGGCUGCCAUGUACCGAAGUAGUUACAACAGAUUCACACCCUAUUGAGAGAAUCUCCCGGAAGUGAACGACGUCGGUGAA